AUGCGCGACCCAGCGAACACUGAUAAGAGGCUGCGCAUCGAGCCACAAGCAAGUCAAGCACCGGACAAGAUCAUCGAGGAGCGCACACGUGUGCGGCGCGCAAAACGAGAGAAUGCGGCUCAGCUAGAGUACCAAAGCAUCCGAAACGAACAUCCACUGUGGUUCGGCUCAAUCUUGCCCAACUCAAUCAAGAGCAUAAAUUUCCCCUCUCUUAAGGCCAUCCUCGAGAAUGACGACGAGGUCCUUCCAGAGACGCGCCUAUCUCUGAGGGAGGCUCUGUUGGCCGACAUCAGAUUCCUUGAACCAGAGGUGCAUCGCCUUGUUGAACUCUACAUACGCGACUUGCCACCUACAUGGCCGCGGACCGAGCGACGGCAACCUCUGGGCGUAUGUGACAUUUCGAGUGAUAGGAUGAAGCUGGUCAUCGCAUCACGCCUCAAUCUCGCUGUUUAUGUCUUUCGCUGCGGGUCCCCCAAAGUUACGUCCCGACCAGAUGAGAGACAUGAUGUACACAUUGGGAUGGAGGGUCUGUUCCACUUCUGUGCUGGUUUUGAAGCUCGACCGGAUGCGAGGGGACACGCUAUCGUGCUCCGCAUUCUUGACCUUCUCGGCUUGAGUCCUGGCGCAACCACCCCUCACGAUCUAGACCGACUUGACAAGAGAUUCGUCUGCCGCACCUUCAACCACUUGCCGAUUCAGGGACCUCGACCAGGUCAAGCUAUGACGUGGAGAGAGGUGGUACAAAUGGCGUCUCUAACAUCCGCGCCUUUACUUGGGCCGGACAAUCCCAUCCCACGUAUCGAACUGCUGCCGCCGCAGGAAUUGCCUCGUGAACCUAUCCUUCUGUACAAGUUCAGUGAAGAGAAUCGUGGCGCUGGCUAUGUGAGCCUGGCAGGAAUGAAAGCACACCUGUUCAUAGAUGGCAUCUGGGAGGGUGUCGAAGGACAACAUUAUCACUACGCGCAACCUGCCAUACGGCCAGGAGCGACGACCAUUCAGGAGAUCUGGAUGUAG